AUGAGGCUGCGAAGACGCCAGAGCUUCGUCCGGGGGCGACGGGGAGGCAGUGAAGGUUCCCGGGCGCAGCGUGGCACGCUCCUCUGGCUGCAGCCAGCUCCCUCACUGUGCAUCCAGGAUCCCCCUGCUCCGGCCUCCCUGCCGCUGCUGCCCGCCGGCCUGGGCUCCGUGCGCUCCUGGAUGCAGGGCGCGGGCAUUCUGGACGCCAGCACCGCGGCGCAGAGUGGCGUGGGCCUGGCUCGAGCACACUUUGAGAAGCAGCCCCCCUCCAACCUCAGGAAAUCCAACUUCUUCCACUUUGUGCUGGCCAUGUACGACCGGCAGGGGCAGCCUGUGGAGGUGGAGCGGACAGCCUUCAUUGACUUCGUGGAGAAGGACCGAGAGCACGGAGCAGAAAAGACGAACAACGGGAUCCACUACCGCCUUCGACUGGUGUACAACAACGGACUCCGGACAGAGCAAGACCUCUAUGUGCGCCUCAUCGACUCCAUGUCCAAGCAGGCCAUCAUCUAUGAGGGUCAGGACAAGAACCCCGAGAUGUGCCGAGUGCUGCUUACACAUGAGAUCAUGUGCAGCCGGUGCUGUGACCGCAAGAGCUGUGGCAACCGGAACGAGACACCUUCAGACCCCGUCAUUAUCGACAGGUUCUUCCUUAAGUUCUUCCUCAAGUGCAACCAGAACUGCCUAAAGAAUGCAGGGAACCCUCGAGACAUGCGCCGCUUCCAGGUGGUGGUGUCCACGACAGUGAGCGUGGACGGACACGUGCUGGCCGUGUCUGACAACAUGUUUGUGCACAAUAACUCCAAGCACGGCCGCAGGGCGCGCCGCCUGGACCCCUCAGAAGCUGCCACUCCCUGCAUCAAGGCCAUUAGCCCUGGGGAGGGCUGGACCACUGGUGGCGCCACUGUCAUUGUCAUCGGGGACAACUUCUUCGAUGGACUGCAGGUCGUGUUUGGGAACGUGCUCGUGUGGAGCGAGCUCAUCACGCCUCACGCCAUCCGCGUGCAGACGCCCCCGAGGCACAUCCCAGGGGUGGUGGAGGUGACGCUGUCUUACAAGUCCAAGCAGUUCUGCAAAGGAGCACCCGGCCGCUUUGUCUACACAGCCUUGAAUGAGCCCACCAUUGACUAUGGAUUCCAGAGGCUACAGAAAGUCAUUCCUAGACACCCCGGAGACCCCGAGAGGCUACCCAAGGAGGUGCUGCUGAAGCGGGCGGCUGACCUGGCGGAGGCCCUGUACGGAGUGCCCAGCAGUAACCAGGAGCUCCUCCUGAAGCGCGCGGCCGACGUGGCCGAGGCUCUGUACAGCGCGCCGCGGGCCCCCGCGCCCCUCGGGCCCCUAGCGCCGAGCCACGCGCACCCCGCCGUCGUGGGCAUCAACGCUUUCAGCAGCCCGCUGGCCAUCGCCGUCGGGGACGCCACGUCCGGGCCGGAGCCGGGCUACGCGCGCAGCUGCAGCAGCGCCUCGCCGCACGGGUUCGCGCCCAGCCCCAGCUCGCAGCAGAGCGGCUACGGCGGCGGCCUCGGGGCUGGCCUCGGCGGCUACGGGGCGCCCGGCGUGGCCGGCCUCGGCGUGCCCGGGUCCCCUAGCUUCCUCAAUGGCUCCACGGCCACCUCGCCUUUUGCCAUCAUGCCCUCUAGCCCCCCGCUGGCCGCUGCCUCCUCCAUGUCCCUCCCGGCCGCUGCCCCCACCACCAGCGUCUUCUCCUUCUCGCCCGUCAACAUGAUCUCCGCUGUCAAACAGAGGAGCGCCUUCGCCCCUGUGCUGCGCCCACCCGGCUCGCCGCCCCAGGGCUGCCCCAGAGCGCAUGGAGAGGGACUUCCAGACCAGCCUUUUGAAGAUUCUGACAAGUUCCACUCCCCAGCCCGGGGACUUCAGGGACUGGCAUACUCUUAA